AGAUUUUAUCAUUAAAUUCAUCGUAAUUUUACAUUCGAUUACACCUUGCUAUUCAAAUAUGCAUUUCCGUGGAAAAACAUCUGCGCGAAGUUCAUCGUAUAAAAGUUCUUACAUUCUGACGACAUUACUGCUCGCGAUUUUUAUCGAAACGACGUUUUGCCGGAAUAUUAAAUCCGAGUCAACUUCAGUGCCUGAAGGACAUUCUAAAGCUGCAAAGAAAUAUUUUACUACUGCUGAAACACCUAAUCGAAUUAACGUAACUUUGCAAAGAUCCAACGCUGUUACUGAAGAUGAAGCAAGCAUAUUACUGGCGAAAGAUUCGUACUGUACCUGCAAGUGUUGUCGCCCCCAAAAGAAGGGCCAAGAUAUCUGCAGAAAACUAGUCCGCUAUGAUCUACCAGAGGAUUUCAAAUGUCCCAAAAAAUUCUGCACAAAUGUAAUUGGAAAUGAUUGCACAAAUUGGAACAAACAUAGAUGUGCCAAAGCGUGCUUUUGUCAAAAAUGUAAAGGACGUUUGCCUCAAGGAGACGGUCGUUGUUCUGGAGAAUUACAACCAGCUGCCGGGUGUCUUUGUCGUGGACACGAAGAAGCAGGAAGUGAAACAAUAUGUACUAAAAAAAAACAAGGACUUGCAAGCGUUUGGCAUUUUUUGACAGCAGCAAAAAUGAGUAAAAAGUUCUUAAAAUGUCAAAUGGGUUGUUUUUGCAACACUUGCUCCCACACUACUUUGUCCCAAGUUUUCAAGGGAGUAAACACUACUGUGAUGUGUAAAGCUUAUCCAUCUAUACCUGGCCACUGUAAGAUGCCGUGUCCUCCCUGUCCAGACCAUGCCGCAGUGAGUCAAGCACGACAGACUCUCCAAGAUGUAUGGCGCUUGCAAGGAAGCCAUGGUGGUUAAAAUUGGUUCAUCUGAUUGUCGUUAGACUCUCAUGCGUCAUUGCACAUUGCGUCAUCAACACAAAUUCAGUCAGUGACUGGCUACGAGAUCUUCGUGGCGAAAGAUAAACUUUACAUGCUUUCACGUUCUGGCGAGUUUUGAAAGAAUUUAUCAGCGCGCUCAUAGCGACAUAAUUUGGUUAGGUAAUUUUUGUCAAAAUAAGUUCAGUAAAUGCGUUUGUCGGUCCAGUUGAAUCGUUCAAAGUCAUGAAAUGUAGUUAUAUUUGUACGUUUUUUUCGCCCCAUCUUACGUACUUAACCUAAAUACUCCUCAUGUACUGUGAUUUGUUCCUGUCAAUUACCGCUAAAUUUGCAAACCGGAAUUUGGACGUAGUAGUAGAAGUAUAUAUAUAGACUUAGUAGUAUAUAUAUAUUCGAAAGUAGGCUUUUUGUGCUUAUUACAUUGUUUCCAUAUUCUAUAUAUAUUUUAAAGUUUACAAGGCUUCACGGUUUAUAGUAGUUUGCAUUCAUUGUUACUUAUUUUACUUUUCAUUCGCAGAUAUUCAUUUUAUUGCUGACAGAAUGUCCACUGACAUAUUUUCGUUUUCUCUAUUUUCACAUUGAUUUCAUUACUGAUUCUUUUGUUUCGAAAUUUGUUUUAAAUUUCGUUUGACGACUUGACUUGUAACCUUCAUUGUAUCAAAAAAUACAACACGAGUCAGAUAGAG